UGUGUUCUAUCUCCAGAUCGAAGAGGCAUUCAAGCUAUUCCAAAAGGCUUUGAAAGCUCAUUACGACAAAGAUUGGGAGCUGGCUUCUGAAACAUACAAUGAGCUAUUUAAAGUCGAUAUCUUCUCAACCGAACUCACCGGGAAUAUCCCCCAUCGAUCCACAGCCUAAAGUAUCUAGCCUACAAAAACCAUGGGCAGCUCGUUCUCGACUGGAUCAGGCUCAGCCACCGUUCGCUCAGCGUCAGCGAAUUGCACGAAAAGUUACUUCAGGGAAUGGCCGAAUUUGCAGAGGCUCUGAUUCAUGAGUCUGAUGACACUGAUUUCUGGCUCAAGAUCGCUGCCUACAUGCCGGCUUUGAACUGCAAACGCCUCUCCCGCUAUGCCCUGGAGUGCGUCGUCAGUGAGAAUUCCAGACCAGACACCUUCGAAGACGCUCUUAGCACCGAGUCCCUGUCGACCCUAGACGACUUGGCUGGCGUGAACGCUUUACGAAAUCUGCUCACUGAUCUCGGCGAUAUCAAAGCCUUGGAACACCCUCUCUACAAAACACUCGAAAAACUCAAGUUUGAUGACGCCGUACAGAAAUAUAUCGAGGCCAGCACAAGCACCCCUAAUUGGCUCAAGCCCUUGAUCGAGGAUAUCCCUCUAAUAUCCGAGACUCUGGCUAAUAACCGGCCCGAGCCAGUGACCAUCAAACUUUCGAACGAGACCUGGACAUCGGUGGGGAAGUCAUUGCUACAGUACUCCUCAAAAGCGUCACUCUCCAUACAGCCUCUUGAGCUUGCUAUCGUAUCUCUAGAACUUCAACCAGAUGAGACACAAGACGCAGAAGUGAAGAUGCAACCGGCGCCUGUCGAAAAAUCCGAGCAGACAGAACCAGAGGCGGAGGAGAAACCUGAGAAAGACAAUGAGGCCAAUGACCAGAUCGAAGCUGCUCGGAAGAAGAAAAGGAAAUCAUUUGCAGAUCACCAGAUCGAAGGCGAGCGGUCUAGUCGGAGAGUACGUGCGCGUGCUGAAGAGCAAUCAAAUGCGGAGACAACUAAUGAUCACGAGUUCUUUAAUGAAAUGGAUCAGCUCUUCGAGCCGCUUGGAAUCAAGUUUGGUGAUUUGAUUGCCGCUUCGAGUAUCGAAUCGGAUGAUGUUGCGGGACCCGAUCUUCCUCUCAAAGACUUCAUGUCGAAUCUCAAGCACCCCAAAGAUAACCUAUCUAAAACUCUACUGCACGGCGACGGAAUUCAGAAUCCUUCAGCUGCGGCUUCACGUCUUUUGGAUCUCGCUAUAUCAAAGCCUGUCGCUUCCUCUACGGACCAUCUCGACGAGACAAAAGGAGUUGAGGAGUUCGUCUCAUCUGUCAAUGAUCUGAAGAAUUCUUACCAGGAGGCCUCUAUUGCAUUUAUCAAUCAUUUCAUGCUGCCGCAAGAUGAUGGUACUGAGCUCUUCCUGGAAUACCAAUGGCCAUCCAGUCUCACCAAAGUCAUCAAGAGGACGGCGACCUUCUACUACGAUUUAAUGAUGAAUCUGAUUUCGGAGUCUGUGAAGGCGCCGACCAAAUCAAGCGUGAGAUACGCCAGAUUAGCUCAAUCAUAUUUCGAACUACUUCUAGAUGACUUUAUCGACUGUAGUCAGCAGCAGGCUGGCUCUGCGAGUGGGAAGGCGCAUAUUGCGGAGUAUCAAGAGAGACUGACAUGCUGGCGACUAUUUACCAUGGACUUGCUAUCUUCGCUAGGCUCCGAGAUUGAUGACAACCUCCGCCUUCGUUUCGAAUGGGCCACUAUUAUUUUCGAGCAAGCCAUAGGGACAUCUCAUGAGGAUAUCUCGAUCUUCUUUGAGGAUUUCAGAGAAAAAAUUGAGCUUCUAUCUGCUGAUAUUUCAAUAUUACUUCCCAACAGCGCCUUCAUACCAGAUAUCUCUGCUGCCGCUAUCGAUUUGCAAAAGUCAAAGCUGCAGGCUGCAUCAUUAUUUUCUGGGAUCUUUGAAGCUUCUACCGAUGAUCCAGAGGAAAGAAUCAAGCUGCUUGAGGUAAUUCUGGAACGUGGAGAUCGCGAUCAACUCUCAGACAUUGGGUUUGAUCUGAAAGUCAUUGAGAAUUUUGUCGAGAACUCGUCUACGGAGUUCAAGCUGUAUCUGUGGACACUUCUUCGACAGUCGUACGAGCUCGCUAGUGAUUGGAAAAAGUCAUUCGACUGCGUGCUGAUCAAACUUCGCCUUGUCAUUCGCGAUCUGACCUCAGCGGACUAUGAGAAGCUAGAUUACAGCCACCGAUCUUUCGUUAUGUUCAAGUCUCUUUUCUUGAUUCGUGAGCUACUAGCUAAGGCUGCUGAUUCUGUGAUGUCUGACGAUAAAUACAUCGAGUCGCUGACAAACGAUGCGGUGAUUGAGACGUCUCAGUCUCUAGUUCAGCUCCUUCGAAUUCUUCACGUCUAUAUUCUUUACGAAGACGGUGUUGUUGCUGCGGGUGGAUCUAUAAGCGAUAAUAGCACGUAUAACAAAUGUGCUUCAAGAUUGCGUACAAUGAUAGUUCAGGCUUGGUGCCUACUUUAUCUCUGCUACCGAAGACGGAUUACGGAGACAGAGGUCGAUGUAUAUGCUCGCGACACCAAACUCCUUGUGUUCCUCUUUGCUCUACACGAAGAGCUUGGUACCCGAGAAUUUUGCAUGGUGUCUCAUGGUAUUUUUCUGCAACUUCUCCAGAACGAAAUCAUGAGGAUAGACCGGCCCUCAGAAACAGAAUACGAGCUGCUGCAAUGUAUCCACUGCCGAUUCGGGCUCACGAUCAGUGGCGAGUAUUUCUUUCCGUAUGACCAUAAAGCUACACCGAUCUCGUUUGAUAAAACGAACGCUCUUCAGUUGGUGGGCGUGGUGAUGUCUCUGGCCAUGCGGCGGAAAAACACGCAGUCGAAUAUGCCGAAAGCCGACCUAAAGUCUGUUUUGGAUAAGUGCUGCGAGGUCAUCGGGGUGCCGCGCCGCGAUCAGACUUCCAUUUACUAUAACCAGAGCGUCAUCGACACUUAUCUUGCCAAGUCCAUCCACCCGUUGUUGCUACAGCGAUCUCUUAAAGGCCUGGAAACGAUAUCUACCAUACCGGUACAGGGUGACUACUCAAAGGUUGCCAUGAUUGGAUUGUAUUUUCUUCAAGGUCAAAUUUACCUCACUCAAUACAAAUCUCGAAAGAGGACAAUGGCAGGCCGCACCGAGGAUCUAGACUAUGCAAUUCGAUAUUUCAAGCACGACCUUGUCUGCGAUACCAAUCGAUUUGAAUCGUGGUAUGGUCUAGCGCAGACCUACGACGCCCAGGCCGAAGACGAUCUAACCUGGAGCGCCGAAAAACUGAACGGUGAUCAAAAGACUGCGAUCGCGGCCACGCAGCGAAAAGCGCUACUAUGCUACUUUCUGGCCUUGAGUUUACUCUUGAGGAACGAAGCGAUCGUUCCGCCUGAUUCUGUGCUCUCUACGUUCUGGACUGAUUUCGGAUAUGAGCUGUAUGCGUCCACCCGGCCUCCUAAUGAAAUGGCUGCCUACCAGGUUGCUGAAUACGAGCGCCAUUUCAGCGGAAGUUUAGGAAUGUAUACGAAGCCGGCUCACUCGGAAGUCAAAUCCACGGCUGCUUUGAAGCUGAGUUUGAAUAUGUUUCAGCAAGCUAUAAAACAAGAGCCCACGGAAUGGAGGAACUAUUACAUGCAAGGCAAGUGUCUGGGGAAGCUGGACGCCGAGCCGAAGCAGGUUUUAGAUUGCUAUGUCAAAGCACUGGAGUUUGUGCCUGAGAAAGCGCCGUCCGGAGACCCGAUUUUCGAGCCGCAAUACAGACUUCUUGCACUUAUUUCCAAGUAUUUUUAUCGCGAGCAGAUUGAUAUUUCUACUGCGCUGGAGUAUGUCAAGAAAAGUCAAUACUACAAGGAGCCUGAGGAGCCGAUUACAGAACGCGCGCAGCUCUUCACUCUGCUGAUAGACUGCCUUACGCGCCUGAGGACGGCGGACAAGAAGCACUGGCAUCACCGUCCUACUUAUCGGAUCGCUGUUAUAGCGGAUAAAGGUCUGAAUGAUGUCACUCGAGCCAAAGAGGAAAUGGCGAGUCUGUACUCUCUGAAGGCGGCAAAAUCGUUUAUGAAUAUAUGGCGCCCAGAAUUUGAGAGAGCGGGACGUCAUUUCUAUUAUGCGUACAAGUACACGAAGUAUUACAUCGACCUGCUAGGAAGGGACUCAGACCUGGAAUCGCUUAAUCUCAUCACCAGAAAGCUGCGGAAGCUGUCGAACGUGAUUAUCAAUCCUUCGGAGGUCUGGGAGUUUGCAUGCAAGAAUAUCGUGGAGGUGUUGCGGAAGCUGAGCGAUAUUCCGGACCGCUAUCUCGAGAACAAUCUCGUGGCGAUCUCUGUGGAUGAGUUUCUGAGCAAGUCUGCUAGACUCGAGACUUGCUGUAAGUCCAUACAGCCGCUGCCGAAACUGCUGUAUUAUCUCUAUGAAGCGUAUGAAUUACGGAAGAUGAAUGUCGGGUUUGCGUCCACGGCCGGAUUAGGACUCGACGACGCGUUCUCGAGUAUUUACUUGAAGCUGUAUUUCUCCGUCCCUGAGCUCGAGCGAGAACUUCUUGAUAAAGCCGGCGGUCCGACGACGCCUCCGCCGGUGGACGUCGACAUGUCCGGCGACGACGGCAGUUCGCCGAUGGGUCAUUAUGUGACUGCCAGCAACACGCCCACGGGAUCCGAUCAUAACCCGACAUCAGUCGACAGCAAAGCCGUCUCUUCCGCGCUUGGAACUUUGACUACAACGAUGGCGUCAGAUGCUGCUGCGCCUCCAGGUACGCCUGCUCCGACUACGGGACCGGUUACGACUACCACCGGACGCUCGCGAACAGCUAGAGUGACGAAGAAGGAGGUCAUAUCCCGAGCUAACGCGCUGAUAAAGCCGUAUGUCUCGGUUUUGGAAGCAGCUGCGGCAGCUAAUACUGCUUCGAAAGAAUCCGCUGCGGGUAAGGAACCGUCGUCGAAAGAGACAAAGGAGGCUGCUGAUUCUUCGGCUGGCAAUUCGUCAAACGAAGCAGCGACGACGACGACGACUGAGAAGGCCGAGGUUAGCGAGGAGGUAAAUGGCGCAGAGGCAGAUGCUGUAGACGCUGCACCUGAGGCUUUGGCUUCAGAGGCGAAUGGUGCAGAAACCGCGGCCGUGGAAGCGAGUGGUGCAGCUGUAGAUGCCGACGCGGCGGAAGGGAAAAUGGAGGAGUGAAUGACGAAUCGAGAAAGGUGGAUAGCUCUGGUGUGUCUGAAAAAUGUAUUCUGGGUUGGGUUACGGGUUUGGCGUCGAUUUAUUUCAUAUGUUCCUCGCGAUCGGAUGAGUUUUUCUUUAUAUCAAUGUACGCUAAUUUGU